UCGUUCAUUUGACAUUGUCGGUGAAUGUGAUUUUUAAUUAUUCUUUGCGUUUGAGAGGUGUUUUACGUAACGCACUACGAAGUACGAAAAUAUUUUUAAAAAUGCUGGCUCGAUUGGGAAGACGCCAAGCUGAAAUGGUGGCAUCCUUUGUACCCUCAGCUGUAGCUUUUGGAGGAGCAGGAUUUUGUGGUCUUCUAUAUUUCACGGAUUGGAAAGUAUUCGUGACUUACAUACCCUUCUAUGGUGGCAAGUUUAAAGAAGAGAAGACGGAAUAAUUCGUUAUUAUAAUGGUCUGUUCUUUGCGUUAAUUAUGUUGUAAUUAUAAGCCUGUAGUAUUUCA